AUGUCUGCCAUCCCGCAGACAAAUGCAUCCGCGUUUGUACGUCCCCGGGGUUCUCUCCAGGGCUCAGACGAACUCCCUCCCUCCUGGAACGACCCGAGAGUGGCAUGGAAGCCACUCAUCCAUCCUCGCGCAGACCAGAUCUGCCGCGAGCACGACGACUACUUUCUGCAACACUGGCCAUUCCCCGACGACAAGAGUCGCCAGGCAUUUGUCCAAGCCGAGUUCGCCCGAUUCCCUUGUCUGGCUCUACCGCUGGGCCAUGACGACCGUCUCCCCCCCCGCGUGCAAGUUGACGUUCUGGAGGAAAUGUCCCUCUCGGACGGAGAAGCCUACAACGCCCGACUCAUGCCCAUCAUGCGCGGCGACGUGCGCCCCAACCGCACAAAACCCGUUGAGUACAUACUGUAUGACCUGUGGGAGGACAUGCGGCGGAAAAACAGGACCCAGGCGGAUGAGAUGCUCGAGGCCACCUUUUGCCUCAUGAGGGCGCAGACGAACAAAGUCCGUCUGUCGAUCACCCAGCUAGACGAGUAUCUCAAGUAUCGGGCGCAGGAUGUAGGCAUAGCUAUGCUCUGCGGCCUGACGGGAUUCGCCAUGGACGUCGAGUUGACCGCCGAAGAGCAGGAUGCCAUGAUCCCGCUGGAGCGGAACUUCGGACGGCAGAUCUCGGUGGUCAACGACCUCUGGAGCUGGGAGAAGGAGUUCCGGGCCUCGCAGGCAGGCCAUAAAGAAGGGGCGGCCAUCAGUUCGGCCGUCAACGUGCUUUCUAUGGAGGCUGGGCUAGGCUUCACGGCGGCCAGGCGGGUGCUCCAGGCGAUGGUGCUGGAAUGGGACAUGGCGCAUAACGAACUUGUGGCUGAGCAGUUGGCACGGCCCGGUGGAUGUCGUCCUGCGGUCCAGCUGUACAUGAAGGGACUGGAGUAUCACAUGAGCGGCAACGAGGUCUGGAGUCGGACCACGCGGCGCUACGUUGAUAGCGUUGAUACGGACUGCACGGUUCAUGUUGCAGAGGGUCAGGUAGUAUCGUCUUAA